AUGGCCUCGAAUAAUUACUGGCUCCUUGGCAAUGUUGGAGCUUGGAUCAACCAGGCGCGUGACAGAAUGCUCGAUUAUUCUCACAAAAAACUUCACGGGGGUCAACAAAAUAGGUCAACACUCCUCGUCUGCACCUUGCGCCAUCUUUCCUGUCAAUUACAACCGCCACUGCCGUCGUUUCUCUCUGCUCCAAAGUCCCCACGUACCAAACACACACUAAUUGUUGGAAUAAACGAAAAAUAUCAAUUAUCACGCACUUCACUGGCACUGUACUUACGACACACUCGUUUGUUAAUUCGGGCUUAUGUAAAAAUAAUAAAAUGUACACACUCGCGUAUGAUGAUAUCGCUCAGCCCCUCGAGCCCGCUCCAAACCGAGGACGUCGGCACACUGUACACCGCACUCUACAGUCAGCUAAGCACCGCCACCAACGCCGCUUACGACUCUCCACAUCAACUACCUCAGCACGUCACACAGUCACACUUAUUUAAAUUUACAUCUGUGUCUACCUACACCAGCUAA